AUGGCGUUCAGCAAAACCCAAGCUGGCGACAUCCUCCUACCGCUCUCGCCACUGUUCAAGUCAACUCCAUGCUUCGCCGUGCUACGAUCAAACAACGUCGGCAUGGACGUUGUUGGGCAAGGCUUCUUCCUCCCCAGCUUCGACAUCCUCAAGACCACAAGGAGGAGUGCCGUGAGCAACAACGCCAAAUGCUCCAUAUUUGACGUAGAAAUGGUCCUGACGCUGGCUAUUGCGGAUAUCAUGCGUCUCGUUGGACAGGACUUUGUGGACCUGGAGACUUAUGAUCCGCCGGGGAAGCUUCGGCGCCUAGAUACGUGUGCUGUUGAUCGAUCAGAAAGGGCAGCAGCGCCUCUCUUUAUUGAGGACGAUUCUUUUGAGGAGGGUUGA